ACGCAGCCUGCCCAAAGUGAGAUGUCAGUGGCAAACGCUUCUAGAACAAACACACUUUUCGAUUUCGGCGUGUGAAAAAUAUAGGAAGCCAAAAUUGUAUUCGUUUCGUGGAAUUCGCCAAGUCUGCACCAUAUAAAUAGGUGCAACAUCGCGUUAUUUUCAGUUCAAAAUCAGCACUAGUAGCAGCAGCAUCGCAAAUUGUGGAUAAGCAGCACCCUGGAAAAAUGGGGAAAACUCCGGCCAUCGGCAUUGAUUUGGGCACCACCUACUCCUGCGUGGGAGUUUGGCAGAACAGCAAGGUGGAGAUCAUAGCCAAUGACCAGGGCAACCGCACCACGCCCUCCUAUGUGGCAUUCAACGACACGGAGCGCCUAAUUGGCGAUCCGGCCAAGAACCAGGUGGCCAUGAAUGCCAAGAACACGGUCUUCGACGCCAAGCGAUUAAUUGGGCGCAAAUUCGACGACAAGAAAAUCCAGGAGGACCUGAAGCUCUGGCCCUUCACGGUCAUCAACGAGAAGGGAAAGCCCAAGAUCGAGGUGGAGUUCAAGGGUGAGCGGAAGCGUUUCGCGCCCGAGGAGAUCAGUUCGAUGGUGCUGACCAAGAUGCGGGAAAUCGCCGAGGUCUAUCUGGGUGGCAAGGUGAAGGACGCGGUGGUCACAGUGCCGGCCUACUUCAACGAUAGCCAGCGCCAGGCGACCAAGGAUGCGGGCUCUAUUGCUGGACUGAAUGUGCUGAGGAUCAUCAAUGAGCCCACUGCGGCAGCUCUGGCCUACGGCUUGGACAAGAACCUCAAGGGGGAGCGCAAUGUGCUGAUUUUCGACCUCGGUGGCGGCACUUUCGAUGUCUCCAUACUGACCAUCGACGAGGGAUCCCUGUUCGAGGUGAAGGCCACGGCCGGCGACACCCACUUGGGUGGCGAGGACUUCGACAACCGGCUGGUCAAUCAUUUUGCGGAGGAAUUCAAGCGGAAGCACAAGUCGGACAUCAAGGGCAAUGCCAGGGCCCUGCGUCGCCUGAGGACGGCUUGUGAACGGGCGAAGAGGACGUUGUCCUCCAGCACGGAGGCAUCCUUGGAGAUUGAUGCCCUGCACGAAGGCAUUGACUUCUACUCGAAGAUCUCGCGGGCCCGUUUCGAGGAGUUGAACAUGGACCUCUUCCGAUCCACCAUGCAACCGGUGGAGCGGGCACUGAGCGAUGCCAAGAUGGACAAGAAGGCCAUUCACGAUGUGGUUCUGGUGGGCGGCUCCACGCGCAUUCCGAAGAUUCAGAAACUCCUGCAAGAUCUGUUCGGUGGCAAGCAGCUGAAUCUGUCCAUCAAUCCCGAUGAGGCGGUGGCAUAUGGAGCCGCCGUUCAGGCUGCCAUUCUCACCGGCGUGGGCAGCUCACAGAUCCAGGAUCUUCUCCUCGUGGACGUGGCUCCCCUGUCGCUGGGCAUCGAGACCGCUGGCGGCGUGAUGACCAAGCUGGUGGAGCGCAACGCCCGCAUUCCCUGCAAGCAGCAGCAGAUCUUCACCACCUACAGUGACAAUCAGAAUGCGGUGACCAUCCAGGUGUACGAGGGCGAGCGAGCCAUGACCAAGGACAACAAUCUACUGGGCACCUUUAACCUGAACGGCAUUCCACCGGCUCCUCGGGGAGUGCCCCAGAUCGAGGUGGCCUUCGACCUGAAUGCAGAUGGCAUCCUGAAUGUGAAUGCCAAGGACAACAGCACCGGCAAGAGCGAAAAGAUCACCAUUACCAACGACAAGGGAAGGCUUUCCAAGGCGGAGAUCGAUCGCAUGCUCUCGGAGGCGGAGAAGUACAAGGUGGAGGACGAUCGUCAGCGAGAGCGGGUGCAGUCCAAGAACAACCUCGAGGGAUACAUCUACGCAUGUCGCCAGGCCGUCGACGACGCUCCAUCCGGCGUCCUCUCCGCGGCCGAACGCUCCAAGGUGCACGACAAGUGCUCCUCCGAGGCCACCUGGCUGGACAAGAACACGCUGGCCGAGAAGGAGGAGUUCGAGAGUCAUCUGAAGGAGUGCCAGCGCAUCUGCAGUCCUAUAAUGUCGAAACUCCAUGGCGGGAACAAGGGCAAGCCAUCGAUGGGCAAGGGUACUCAUCCCAAUGUGGAGGAGGUGGACAGUCCGACCCACUGACCUAAAUUAUUAAGUCGUUUUCGAAAAUAAAGUAGACUUUCCUCUUCGUGUUUCAA